CAAAAUGAGAGAGUAAAAAAGAGAGAGAAAAAAAACAACAAUAAACGAAAGAGGAAAAGUGUGUGACUUGUUUUGGAGUUCUGUUUUGACUUGAACAUUGAAUUCAACAACAACAAGUACAGUGAUCAUGAAUGAACAAGAUGACUCUGAAGUUGGCAAAAACGAUAAACCUGUUCGUGUUUAUGCUGAUGGUAUCUACGAUCUCUUUCACUUUGGUCAUGCCCGUUCUCUUGAACAAGCCAAGAAAUCGUUUCCGAAUACAUAUCUCCUUGUUGGAUGCUGCAGUGAUGAGAUCACACACAAGUACAAGGGUAAAACUGUUAUGAAUGAGCAAGAACGCUACGAGUCUCUUCGUCAUUGCAAGUGGGUUGAUGAAGUUAUUCCAGAUGUGCCGUGGGUAAUCAAUCAGGAGUUCAUUGACAAGCAUAAAAUUGACUAUGUGGCACAUGAUGCUCUUCCUUAUGCUGAUACAAGUGGAGCUGGAAAUGAUGUCUAUGAAUUUGUUAAGGCUAUUGGGAAAUUUAAGGAAACAAAGCGGACUGAAGGAAUUUCUACCUCUGAUAUCAUAAUGAGAAUCAUCAAAGAUUAUAAUCAGUAUGUAAUGCGUAAUCUGGAUCGUGGUUAUUCAAGAAAGGAGCUAGGUGUUAGCUAUGUCAAGGAGAAAAGAUUGAGAAUGAACAUGGGACUUAAAAAGUUGCAGGAGAGAGUCAAGAAACAGCAAGAGACUGUAGGAAAGAAGAUAGGAACAGUGAGAAGAAUUGCCGGGAUGAACCGUACCGAAUGGGUUGAAAAUGCAGAUCGAUUAGUUGCUGGAUUUCUCGAGAUGUUUGAAGAAGGAUGCCACAAAAUGGGAACAGCAAUCAGAGACAGAAUUCAAGAACAGCUGAAGGCACAGCAGCUAAAAUCUCUUCUUUAUGACGAGUGGGAUGAUGAUGUUGACGACGAAUUCUACGAAGAUGAAUCUGUAGAAUACUACAGCGACUAAAGUGAAAAAUAUGCUUGUUUAUUUCCAGAUUCUGAACUAUUACCAUAACUAUGUCUUUGUGUAAAAUAUUAGAUAUGUUUCGUAUAUGCAAUGCAAUAUGGUUUGAACAUAA